GAUAAGAGCUCGUGCGCGCCCGCGAGCGCACAUGCUGAGAGAUGAGAGAAUUAAUUCAAAUAUGUUGAUGAUCUAAUACUCGCGUGUGAUUAUUGCACCAUAAACAAUUCUGAGUGAAUCUGCUAGAAACGCAUCGAGUAGGCUAACGGACGUUUAUUUGUCUUGCGUGGAGUGGGAUGCCCUUUGCCGUGGCUCUGAAGACGAGCAUGGAUUAUUUCGGCGAGCCACCCGAUCUCGUGCCAUUGGCAUGGUGGGUGACACACAUUCGUUUCUAGAGCGUCUAACACAGAUGGACUCAGACGUUCUGGACAAAAUAUGCCGAAGAUGACCAUUGCCGUUUCAUUGUGCUUCCUGUUGUGCACAGAUGUGUUGGAUUUAGUCCUGGGCUACUUAACCGUCACCAUUGAGCCUCUUCCGCCUGUGGUCAUGGGAGAUACUGUGACGCUGAAGUGUAAUUUCAGGACUGACGGCAACUUGCGAGAGAUAGUGUGGUUUCGGGUAAUGGAUGGCGGAAGCUCCAAACAGAAAAUAUUUACUUACGAUGCCAUGUACAAUGCCAAUUUCUCUCACAUGGAGGAUUUCCGUAAAAGAGAAGAUCUUGUUUACCAGUCAACUGUAAGACUUCCUGAAGUUCAAAUGGAGGACAGUGGUCCGUACGAGUGCCAUGUGGGUAUCUAUGACAGAGCGUCCAGAGAGAAGGUGGUCUUAGCAUCCGCAAGCAUAACUCUCAUUGUAAUGUCACCUCCCAGAUCAAUAUCAGUGGUGGCAGCUGAGCCAUACACCCGGUUCAACCGCUACGAAGCCCAGAACUUCACGCUGGUGUGCAUCGUGAGGGGAGGAAAACCCGCACCCAUGGUGUACUUUAAGAGGGACGGUGAGUUGAUCCAGGUGGUCCCAGACAGUAGAGGCCUGCAAGCAGCCCCAGGCCUUGCGUCAGGACCUGCGUCAGGCCCUGAGUCACGCCCCGGUCAAGCUCCACGACCGGGCCGAGGUCCAGGUCAAGCUCCACGACCCGGCCGAGGUCCAGGUCAAGCUCCACGACCCGGCUCUCCCCCGGGCCCAGCUCCAGAUAUGGCUCACAGGCCACUUAUCAGCAGAGACCUGGACGACACCAAGAUCCAGAAGUCCCUCUCGCUCCUGGACCAGAACGGGGAGCCGGUGCGUCUGGACAUGGACGGCCCCCGUCCCGGCCCCCGUCCCAACACGCCGGGCUACUCGGACCCGGCGGCCAGCCCCACCGCGGAGAUCAUCCCGGAGACGGUGAUCAGCCGCGAGUUCCCCCGCUGGGUGCAGAGCACCGACCCGCUGUACUACUUCAACCACUCGCGCGUGGAGCUGGCCGACGGCACCAUGGAGGUGUACGCCAUGCUCACCUGGAGCCUCAACCCCCAGCUGGACAACGACGCGCUCUUCAGCUGCGAGGUCAAGCACCCGGCGCUCUCCAUGCCCAUGCAGGCCGAGGUCACGCUCUCUGCUCCAAAGGGCCCGAAGCUGUCCAUGACUCCCAGUAAGGCGAAGGUAGGAGACACUGUUCGCAUGAAGGUGGAGGGUUUCCAGCUCGGCACCAAAGGGAACGAGGUCUUCCCAGAGCCUCUCUUCACGUGGACGCGGGUUGGCGGGCUCCUGCUGGACGGCACUGAGGAGAGGAUUGGGAAGCUGCUCGUGCUGGAGCGCGUCCCCGCCGAGCUCAACGGCUCCAUGUACCGCUGCACGGCCCAGAAUCCUCUGGGCUCCACCAACACUCACACACGACUUAUAGUGUUUGAGAAUCCAAGAAUUAAGAAAGGAGUAGAACUGGUAUUAACUGAUGCUGCCUCCAGCGCUAAAUGGCUAGGCUCGCUAAUGAUGCUGCUGGUUGCCGUGGCCCUGGGCUUGACGUGAUUGGCCGAGGAGGAGGCGUCCGCUACGAUGACACUCACGCGCUUCCUCUGACCGCAUCAGCUCUGCUGUCGUCUCAUCCUCCGCCCGCGGGCGCUUACCAUCAUCCGAGAGCCCUCCAUUGUGCUUCUUUCUUCUGUCUACUUUUUCUAGCUUUUAUUAAGAGCCGCAGAGCCAGAGGAGAGGCUAACCAGUUUAGAAAGAGGUCACCCACCAGAAUACCAAGUCCCUUCUUGUCUCAUUAGCAGGGUUUUCACUUGAAUCAACACUGGAAACUAGUUUGAGGUUCUGAGGGACUUGUACUAGUAUUAUUUUGUUGACAUAUUGUGUUACUGAUGCACACCAUGCAUUUUCUUCCAUAACCCUUGUGCUUAAGGUUUCUGCUGGAUAUACUGUCAUGUGGUGCUGGAUAUUUGUGUCCAGCAGAACUGGUUCUGAGCUCAGCACUUUUAAAUACAAAUGUUUAAAUGUUUGAAUACUGUCACAGGAAGUUUUACAUAAUUGUAUAAUCACUUUAUUGAAUUCAAUGGAAGGAAGUUGCCACUGCCACACACAACGCCUCCAUCUGAUUCAGAAUUUCUAUUUUACUUACAUCCUGUAGAUGGCAGUGUAGACCUGGGUUUGUCAUGUCGCGCUGCACCUGAAGCAAAGUGUAAAUGUAUAUGAUUGGUGUGUUGCAGAUUUACUUGAAUGUAUGAGUAUGGAAAAGAGAUGUUGGCUAUAUAUAUUUUUGUUUUAGAGACAACGAUAGAUACAUUGGUGUUUGUAGAAUUCGCGCAGCCUGAAAGAUUUACAGUUUCCCCACUCCUUUAAAACAUCUGUUUAUUUUGAACAAGUUUAUUUUUGUCAUUACUAUGAAUUAUUGAAUAAAUAAAUAAAUAAAUAAAUAAAUA